CCCUAAUACAAGCUUCCACUCCCAGAGUCGACUCUCUGCUUUCUUUCGCUGUUGAUAGCAAUCCUCCUCCGUCCGUACCGCCGCGCGAUUCGACGCCAUCAUGACGGACAAGCUUCCUCCUAACCUGCUGGCCCUGUUCGCGCCGCGGCCCCCCUUGCGAUGGGUGCCCGCUCUCGACUUUCCCCCCGAACAGCGCAAGACCCACACCAUCUCUGCCGUCGCUGGCUAUCUGCCAGCUCUCGCGGCCUACAGGGACAACGAUGGGUUCGUCCCUACCGAGAGCUGGUUAGAGAUGCGCGACAGGAAGAAGCGGGAGAAGCAGGCGCAGCAGGAGAAGCUGCUCACCGAAGGCCCAUUGCACUAUGCGCCUAACGACGACCAGAACAUCCGUGGCGACCCUUUUAAGACGUUGAUUGUCGCGCGACUGAGCUACGAGGCCAACGAGCAUGACCUCGAGAAGGAAUUUGGGCGCUUUGGCCCUAUUGAACGCAUCCGGAUUGUCACUGAUACCCACGCCCACGAAAAGCCAAAUAAGAAGAAGAAGCCUCAUCGCGGAUAUGCCUUUGUUGUUUUCGAGCGUGAGAAAGACAUGAGAGCUGCUCUAGAUGGUUGUGAUGGCAUCCGCAUCAAGGAUCGUCACAUCAAGGUAGAUGUUGAAAGAGGCCGAACAGUUAAGGGCUGGAAGCCUCGUCGCUUUGGCGGCGGCUUGGGUGGCCGUGGAUACUCAAAAGCAGCGCCCCCUCAACCCAGGGGACCCGGAUAUGGCUUUGGAGGACGUGACGGGUUCCGCGGCGGCUUUCAAGGCGGCCGCGGAAGAGGAGGCUUUGGCUCGGGCGGUCGUGACCGCGGCUUCCGAGGGAGCGGUGGUGGCGGCGGGGGCUUCGGCUCCGGCCGCGAUCGCGGCUUCGGCCCGCAGAACGGCUACAACGCGCCUCCCAACGCACCGGCCGGCCCUAACGCUGGUGGUCGGGGCGGAUUCGGGGGCGACCGCGACCGUGACCGCAAUGGACCAGGCGGUGGGUAUGACUCGCGCAAUGGCAGUCGCUCAUAUGAUGAUAGAUCAGGCGGACAUCGCGACGCAGGCAGGUUCGGCGAUCGCGACCGUCGAAGUGGCGCCAACUUCGAGCCGGUUCGUGGCGGACGAGAACACCGCGACCACGAUCGGUCGAGAGAGGACGACACUCGAAAGCGCGGCUACGAAGGCGGUUACGAGGACCCACGUAAGCUCAGACGGUACUAAAACGCCGUUUCUUAUCGAGACAAGCCCUUUUGUCUUGGUGGGUAUCUUCCGUCUGUCUUCCGUAUUCUGCUGCAUCUGCCUCGCACCCUUGCC